AUGUCUUACAGUGGUGGAAACUCGCGCGGCGGCGAUUCCUACCGCUCCCGCGGUGGUGACAACGGCUACUCCGGCGGCGGCGGCGGCGGCUACUCCAACGGGGGUGGCUACGGCGGCGGCGGCGGUGGUGGUUACAGCGGUGGUGGUGGUGGCUACGGCGGUGGUCGCGGUGGCGGCUACGGCGGCGGUGGUGGUGGUUUCGGUGGUGCUGGUGGUGACCGCAUGUCUAACCUUGGCGCCGGCCUGAAGGUCCAGGAUUGGGACAUGAACACCCUUCCCAAGUUCGAGAAGUCCUUCUACAAGGAGCACCCCGAUGUCUCCGCCCGCUCAGAUGCUGAUGUUGAGGCCUUCCGCAAGAAGAUGGAGAUGGCCGUUCAGGGUCGCGGUGUCCCUCGCCCCGUCGAGAACUUCGAUGAGGCUGGCUUCCCCCAAUACGUCCUGUCCGAGGUUAAGGCUCAGGGCUUUGAACGCCCCACUGCUAUUCAGUCUCAGGGUUGGCCCAUGGCUCUCUCUGGACGCGACGUUGUCGGUAUCGCCGAGACCGGUUCCGGAAAGACCCUCUCCUACUGUCUUCCCGCUAUUGUUCACAUCAACGCCCAGCCUCUCCUGGCCCCGGGUGAUGGCCCCAUUGUCCUUAUUUUGGCUCCCACUCGUGAGCUUGCUGUUCAGAUUCAGACUGAGAUCAGCAAGUUCGGCAAGUCCUCUCGCAUCCGUAACACCUGUGUCUACGGCGGUGUCCCCAAGGGUCCCCAGAUUCGUGACCUGUCCCGCGGUGUUGAGGUGUGCAUUGCCACCCCUGGUCGUCUGAUUGACAUGCUGGAGGCUGGCCGCACCAACUUGCGCCGUGUCACCUACCUUGUCCUUGAUGAGGCUGAUCGUAUGCUGGACAUGGGUUUCGAGCCCCAGAUUCGCAAGAUCAUUGGCCAGAUUCGCCCUGACCGUCAGACCUGCAUGUGGUCCGCUACCUGGCCCAAGGAGGUCCGUCAGCUUGCCAAGGACUUCCUGAACGACUACAUUCAGGUUAACAUCGGUUCUAUGGACCUGUCCGCUAACCACCGCAUCACCCAAAUCGUUGAAAUUAUGUCGGACUUCGAGAAGCGUGACCGCAUGAUCAAGCACAUGGAGAAGAUUAUGGAGGAUCGCUCCAACAAGAUUCUCAUCUUCACUGGUACCAAGCGUAUCGCUGACGAAAUUACUCGCUUCCUUCGCCAGGACGGAUGGCCCGCGCUGUCCAUUCACGGUGACAAGCAGCAGCAGGAGCGUGACUGGGUCCUCAACGAAUUCAAGCAGGGCAAGAGCCCCAUCAUGGUGGCCACCGACGUGGCUUCCCGUGGUAUCGAUGUGCGCGACAUCACUCAUGUCCUGAACUAUGACUACCCCAACAACUCGGAGGACUAUGUCCACCGUAUCGGUCGUACUGGCCGUGCUGGUGCCAAGGGUACCGCCAUCACCUUCUUUACCACUGAAAGUGAGUUGUUUAUUGCCCCCGAGACUGUCCCUGACUCUAAGCAGGCUCGUGACUUGGUCACCAUUCUCACUGAGGCCAAGCAGCAAAUUGACCCCCGUCUCGCUGAGAUGGUCCGCUACAGCGGUGGUGGCGGCGGUGGUGGCCGCUGGGGUGGCCGUGGAGGUUGGGGUGGCCGUGGCCGUGGCCGUGGUGGCGGCGGUGGCCGUGGCGGCAGCUUCACUGCCUCCAACGCUGCUCCCCUCGGCGAUGCCCGUCGUUGGUAA